AUGCCGCCCCGCGCCCCGACGCCGGCGCCUUCCCCGGCGCUGCCCCCCAGCACUGGCGCCCCGCCUCCUCCCGGAGCCCGCUUCUUCGCGACGCCCUCCCGCCUCUGCACCAACCCCGGUGAACGCCGCCCCGUCGCCGUCCUCCUCCUCGACCGCCUCCUCGCCGGACCUCGCGUCUUCGCCCUCUUCCCCGCCGGCCGCCAGCAAGCCUCGACGCCCCUCUCCCCAUCAACGCCGGUGAGGCCCCCCGGCCUCUCCUCCUCUCUCUGCCCUCGCACACGACCGCGGCCAUCACGCCCCGGGCCGCGUCCAAGCUCGUCGCCCGCGUCGUCCUGCUGCGUUCGCUCCGCCCCCCUGCUCCCCUCGCCCGUGCUGGCCUUGCCCACGCCAGCCUGGCGACCUGCCAGGUCCGCUGCCCUCCCCCGCGCCCCUGGGCAUACACCUGCUCGGGCUGCGCCCAGCACCCGCGCCCGCGUCGCCUGUUCGGGCAGCCCCCGCGGCAUCCGAACCCACUAUGGCCCUUAG